AUGGAGGACGCCGGCGGCGACAGCUCCGGCGGUGGCUAUGGCGGUAUGACGGUGGAGGCCUGCGAGGGUAUGAUCCGGAAGAGCUUGAAACGUACGGACGAGUUCUCUCUCUCUCUUUAUCUCUUUCUCUCUCUCUGUCUUUCUCUUUCUCUGUUGCUCUUUCUCUCUCUACACAGACACACACGCACGCUUUCUGAUUCUUGGGGUCGUACGACGAGCAGUUCCCAUGGUUAAAUUCCUUCGGGAAAAGAUGGAAGAGGCUGGGUGCCCGGUGAAGGAGAGGUUCUUCAAGGCCACGGUCUGCACGGACAAGGUCAGCGGCGGCUACAUGACCGGGAAAGGGGUACUGAUUCUCCCUUCUGCUCUCUCUUUGUGUUUUCCUUUGGAUGGCUGCUUCUCAUGAUCUGACUGAGACAAUCAACCCGACGGGGUAAAAGUCAUAUGGGUUUUGCGGGACUGGAGAUCCCCCUCGUUUGCCACCGUUAUUUUGUGCUCCGUACUUCUGAUCACAAAUGCUUUGGAAGAAAAUAGUGGGUUACUUCGUUUUGGGUAAAGAUUGGGCAUGCAGAGGGGGUUCUCUUUCGGUUGAAUCUCUGGAUUUCUGGGCUAUUAGAUCUUUUGCUGACUUAAAACUGCGAGAAAGAUCGAACCAGGUGGAUAGUCGGAAAGCUUGCAGUGCAUGAUUUUAGGUGAUUCAAAUAAUUAUGCUCUGGGAGAAGCAGUUAUCUACCGAUGGGUGGAUAACUCUUCCCGUCCACUAAACGGAGGCAUCCUACAUUUGUAUAAAGGAGCUCAGAAUCCUGCAAAAAAACUCAUCUAGCUAAGCCAUCUUUCAUGAACACACGUCUACACGAAUGAAGAUGAUAAGCAAUGCAAUAUCUGAACAUAAAUCACAUUCUUCAUUCUACCCAAAAAGUCUGGAGGCAUCUUCCGCUCAAUUCUAGCUCAUUCAAUCCCAAAUCGGGCAUGAAGGUAAUUAGAUUAAUUUCAACGAGGUGAUGAGUAUGUGUGGUCCUAAAAUUCUAAGAUGCUCUUAGAAAAAGCCUGCUAAACACAUCAAUCUAUUCGCCGGGUCUGUCACUAUCCUUGGACUCACGUUUUGGAUGCUCAAGACACCUUGGAGGAGGCAGGGGCUGAAUUUAUCUAUCGAGUAAAAACCUUCUCUAUGUAAAUUAGUGUCUUCACCUUUUUUUGGAUUAAACUGCCCAGAUGUUGACUUUGUCAUCUACAUGGGCAUCGCCCUCCCAACCAUUGUGUAUAUGUAAUGCGACUUAGUUGGCAUCAGAUUCCACGUCUGUAGAAAUUUGCUUGGGAGAACAUUUAAGUUAGAACAACAAUUCAUUUAGAAGGCACAGUGGCAAUGAAGAAUCGUUCAUCUCUGCUAUGAAAACUCCAGGGAAAAACCCAUUAUCGUGUUUACUACUUUUUUGUUUACAUUUACAGAUUACUAAUUGAAGGUGUUCCCCAUCAGUGUGUGCACGCAUUUGAUUGGUAUCUGACAUCAAUAGAGAGAGAAACUUGAAAGUUUGAUGUCUCUUUGUCCACUAGUACGGUGGUUUAGGAUUAUUUUCUCCACCCACUUGGGAUUUAUUUUUCACCGUCUAUGAUCUUCUCAUAGUCUCUUUGCGGUUCUCAGCAGAGGAUCACCGAGAUGAUAUGUCUGAACAUCUGUAAUAAUAACUUCCUAUAAUUUGACAGCUAUAUUGACUGAUGUCGUACGUAUCUAAUGUCUGUAUAGAAUGUUGUCCCAACUGGGUUUAGAUCUUCAACUUCCUCUUUCGUUUAAAGCCAAAAUACAGGCUUUUCACUUGAUGGAACAGCCAAAAUAAAGCCAAAAACCUUGGGAGAUCUCUUCUGUAUUGUUUGCUAUGCAUUCGAAAAUAAACGAAGAGUGCAAAUUGCCGUCAAACUAUCUCUUAAACUUCUCUGCAUUAAAUUAUACAUACUUGUAUAGUUGAAGAUAAGAUCUUCAAACUACCUCAGAAGUUUCAGUAGCUUCUCCAUUCAGACUUCUCCAGAGGAGCUCGUGUUCUUUUUUUUCUAAAGUCAUCAUAGAAUGAUGAACAAAGAGCAAGCUCUUUCUUCCACGAUUCAAGCCAUAACUUAGUACUCAUCCAUAUCCAAUUUAAGCCAGUGCAGUUCGCGCCUGCUGCAUGUGGUAAAAACAAUUGCUUUUUUCAUUCGCAGUAAUAUGGCCUCUAAGCAUUCCCUUCCAUAAAUCUCGUGCAUUUUUUUGAUAAAGCCUAUCGUUCAGGUCUGAAUGGAAUCUAAAUAUCAUUAAUUUAAGACGGUCUUUAAAGUUUUCUCUAAUAAGAUGGACCUGGGAGGAUUAGGUCUUCCUUCAUUGGCUACUAGCACCUAAUGUUUUGGAACAGGUAUACAUGUUCAUGUCAGUUAAAGUUAUGUUACACUAAUGCCUCUGGUGGAGGAUAAUUGAUUUAUGAAGAAUAAUUAGAGGAAACGACAAAGCCCUGGGUAUUAUAGGACACAUGAUUUGGAAGGAAGAACGAAUGCAAGUGAUGUCAGUCACUGUUCAGUCGGUAAUGUAUAGAGGAAGGGUGAAUGGUAACAGCCCAAGAAACUGAAGAUAGUUGUCAAUGGAGUUGGCUGCUUUAGUAGAACAUAAAAAGUUGUAUGCAUGUCUGAUUAAAGGUUGAGAAACAUGGAGGAAAGUAUCACGUUAACUUGUUAUGAGCUAAGUAGGACUGCGUGACUUAUAAGGAUCUCAUCAAAAUUUGCUUUAUGCUAAGCUGAUUCGAUUGUUGUCCUCAGGUUCCCUGUCUAUUAUGGGGAAUUAUGAAACAUUGUAGCCUGGUCCUUUCGGGUAAUGGAAUUACCCUUCCACAAAUCUCCAACCUAAACGUUUAUAGGGAAGAGUUGGGAAAUAGACAAUAUGGAGCGUCACCUCUUUCAGAACAUUGUCCAAACUCAGAAGAUUCUAUCAGUCAUGUUCAAAGAUCAUUCUUCAGGAUGCCAUUCAGGCUGCAAGGGUGUGUAUUUCCCUCUAGACAGUCUUUUAGUCUUUCCUGACUUCCUUACUGCGAGAUCAUCUUUCAGUGCCCCACCAUCUAGUUGAUACUGCACACAUAUCGCCUAUAUGGCUUGCAGUAGUGCUCACUUGUCCAAUUAACAAACCUAAAUUGCAUUCGUUAUCUUUUGUGUAUGUUUCUGCUGAAGACCUUUCUGAAUGAUCUUGAAGAUUGUCCAAGCCCUUUGUCUGACCUGAGAUUAGUGAUUCCCCUUUAACUCUUAUGCCCUCUAUUGUUCCACAACACCUGCUGUGCCUUUGACUUCCUGGUAUUUCAUGCUCAUUGACCCCUACUCUAAGAACGUUGAGACUAGAUCUCGACUUUUUUUUCUUGUAAUUUGUAGGCGAUUGUCUAUUUUUGGGGUUUAGAGCCUAGAUCCUCUAAUUUCAGGUUACGUCUAAAUAUCUUUUGGAGUUUUUCACAUUAAAAUAUUUACACAAAGUAGUCGUUACAUGAAGUUUAACGGUACAUUUAUGUUACUAAAGUUGAAGAAAAACAUGAGAAAUAAGUAGUGGAAAGAAUGUGACAUAAACAAGAAGGUUUUACAUAAAAGUUGAUGAGAUAAAAGUUGAACAGCAAGGCACCUAUAAAUAAAUCGAUAUUUUCUCGUCCCCAUAAUUCCCAGAAUCAGAUCUAGAUCACUAGAUCAGCUAGGUCCAUCUCAUCCUGAUCAGGAUUGGAUCCUGGAUUCAACCCUUCUUUGACUAUACCUGCUGGGCCAUUUGGUCCAAGUAGAUUGGGCUAAUCUAUCCAAAAUUAGCUUAUUCUAGGACAGUGAAGUCGUUAAACUAUUGAUCCAAUAUAUUUUUAGGGCGUUUAGUUAAGAACUUAUUCAUGGUAGCAUUGUUCCACGGUCCUUCCCAACCAAUGUCGAUUGGGCACAGCUGCCCCUAACCUGGGAUUAUGAGCACCAUACUUUUCCUUAUAAUUAUUAGAGUGAACAGACUUUUCCUUGUAAUAUGAGCACCAUACUUUUCCUUCAUUUUUCGUAAAUUGGUUCAAUGACUACAGAUCUAAUGGUAUAGGAUGUCCUACAUAUGGGUGGCUUUAAAUGUAUCUCAUCAUUAUUAUCAUAAAGCGAUGAAGUAUGCAAUACAGAAAUCCCCAAAAGAAAGUCUGCAUGUUUCUAUAGGUAAUGUUGUCGAUGAUGGAUAUGAAGAUACCUUCUUCUAUUAAAGAGGUCCACUUUUGUGAGCUAAAUAUGUCAAAAUUUAUGAAAGAUGCAUCAGAGUUGACAUUAAAUAAUUGAAAUUAUUUAAUUAUUUCCAAAAAAAUAUUCAUUUUAGAUGCUAUGGGUUGGCAUGAUGAUUGCGUUUUUUUACGAAUUAAUUUCUUGUAUGAAUUUUCUAUCUUAUAAUAGUUUUCAUUCAGAGAAAUUACUAGGAAAAUUAAAAUUUUGAAAAUCAAGCGAGACAUAUCUAUGUGUGUAUGAAUAUGUACACCCAUUUAUCUGUCAAUUUAUCACCUUCCUUCAUUUUCUUGAUCUGAUGAUUGACCAGUUGCAUUUUAUGAGUCAGUUGGAGUCACUCAGUGUUCUUCAUUGACUCCCAAUAUAUUUCAUCUUCUGGUAAAGAACAUUGAGCCAAUGACAUAAGCUGUGACCCAAUAUAUUUCAAUCUGCAACAUAGUUCCUUGAGGGUUGAUGUCCUUUUCUUUGAGAAUUUUUAGGAUAAAUGAUCCUUGAAACCUUAUCUUGUACUGACAUUACUGGUAUCAUCUAGGUCUCUAUAGUCCUGUUGGUUCCUCUUAUAAGAAGGCCAAUUUUUUUAUUUUGCUAGAAUUUUCUUCUCAGGAAUAAAUUGCAUGCCUUCUUGACCAUCCUCCGUGGGCUUGGGGGGGCGGAGGGGAGAAGUUGCUGUGACAAUCGGAUCUCCUCAUCUGGGGAGGCGCACUACCAAGCAGUUUCCUUGCGCCAGUAAUAACCAAGUUCUCUCUGAAAAGUGAAAAGGAAUAAAUAAAAAAAAGCGACGUGUUCAGCAAUAGGGACUGCCACGUAAGCGCUUAGUCUAAUGAAUAUUCUCCAAAAUAUCUUUUGGGGAAUGCUAUGUUUCUGAAAAAAAUAAAAUCUUUCAGCUAAUAGCACAGUGGAUCCCGUAUCUUCAAUAAGGAAAAACAAUUGCUUUGUUGUCAAGUUUUUGUCUAGGACUAAGUUCAUCUGUUCUAUGUUUCAGGUUGUUGUAUGUAGUAAUCAUUUGACUUUUCAAGAUGAAGUCAACCAAGUUAUUAUCCACGAACUCAUCCAUGCAUAUGAUGAUUGCCGCGCUGCAAACCUCAACUGGACAAACUGUGCUCAUCAUGCUUGUAGUGAGGUAUAUGCGGCCAUUUGUCUGUCAGAAGACCUUCAUAUUCAUAGCUUCCAAUUCUUAUACGCUUUUAAAAGGCUGAUGCUUAUAAUUCAACAGUCCUCUUGAUUUGCUUGGUGAAACGUUUUUAUUUAUUUCUAUUUUUAAAAGUAGCUUUUCCCCAAAUGAUUGUGAGGAAGGGUUGAAUUUACACGAAAACUGGAAAAUCCACCCUGCAAAGAGUUGAUAUGUAUACAUCCAGAGGCAAGGCACCACGGUGAAGUGGCAUGCUCAACGGUCUCUCAUGUUUCAAAGUGGUUUCUGUAACCUUUUUAUUUUUUCAUGUAAUCAACUAGAUUCGUGCCGCUCAUCUUAGUGGGGAUUGUCACUUUAAACGAGAAUUGCUGCGAGGACACACAAAACUACGAGGGCAUGAACAGGUGAAUCUUUUACUUAUUUGCUUCAAGGCCUACUUUUGGUUUUGAAAUUAUUUGAUGAUCAUGAAAGGCAACAGAUAUGUUUCCAUGCCAUUGAGGAUCUAGAGUUUGCGGGAGUGAAUAUGUAGAACGUGUUAUUGCCUUACAGUUCUCUCAGAGAGGCCAUCACCCAGGCUCCAAAUUAUUGCCUAAUCUUCCCGGUCAGCCCUACUUUUUUCUGAGUCAACUUUCAAUGUUGAAUGCCUUAUGAAAUCCGGCGUUCAGCGAUGGAGGGUGAAUCAUAGAGCCAACCAGUAUCUUGGUAGAGCUGAAGUCCUUAAGUUACAGGUUGACUUUGUGGGCCACAAUGAAUUUCUUGUCUUUGUUUCCAAAGAAUUGGUGGUGAGGAUUACAGGACUGCCCCUCCGAAAGUUCGAGGCUGGGAGACAGUUUUCAGCUCCAGCUUAUGUUAAUUUCGAUCAUUACCAUGAGGCAGGGUGUGAAGACUUGCUUUUUGAAGGGUCAACUAGCAUUCAUUGAUUUAUCUUUAAAUCCUCAUAGAUUGUUCCGAUGAUUGAUUCUUGGGCUGUAGAAAUCACUUGCUCUGCUGAUUACUUGUUGUUUUGUGGUUGUUUUUGUUGUUGUUCUUUCUUAAUUUGUGUCGGGCAAUCAAAGGAGUGCGUCAAGAGGCGAGUGCAGAUGUCCUUGGCUAAUAACCCCUACUGCUCUGGCCCAUCCACCGCCAAGAACGCCAUGGAAGCUGUCUGGGAGAUCUGCUACAAUGACACAAAGCCCUUCGACCGGGCUCCUUGA